CGCGACUGGAGUCUGGACUCUGGAGUUCAGCAACUUCGCUGCAGCCUGCCUGCAUAUUUUCAAUACCGGUAUAAGGUAGUACCAGCUCGAGCACCUGAGCUUGAAGUUGAAAAUGGUAUUGUUGACAGAGCAUGCAGCUGGUUGAAAGCGUUUCAAAUGCGUUUCACAGGGCGUCGCUUCUGCAUUAUCAACCACCACUUGCGCUCCGAAGGAGCUCGCUGGUACUCUAUCACAGCGUCCUUCCUGAAGUUUUGCUGCUGAAGCGCCGUCCGCUCUCAUGGCAUGCAGCGUGUUACCUGCAGCAGCCCUUCUGCUCGGAACGCUGGCUUUGCUGCUUGCAGCGCAGCAGGCUACCGCCAGCUACCCCCCACAAGUCUCGGGCAACACAAAGGAAUACAAUUUCACGGUCUCUUAUGCAUUCUGGGCCCCUGACUGCGUGGAGAGGUCCAUCAUUGUCGUUAACGGCCAGUACCCUGGCCCAGCCAUCGAUGUUCAGAGGGGGGACCGCGUCAUUGUCAGAGUCACCAACCAGCUGUACGCAGAGGGAAUCAGCAUCCAUUGGCAUGGCAUCCUCCAGACAGGAGGAUCGGCCUACAUGGACGGGUCCGCUUAUGUCAGCCACUGCCCCAUCCUGCCCCACGAGACUUUUGUCUACAACUUCACGGUUCCGGAUCAGGUCGGCACGUUCUGGUGGCACGGCCACAACGCGGGCCACUCCUCGGAGGGCUUCUACGGCUCCUUCGUCGUGCGCCCAAACCCCGCCUUUGGCGACACAGAGCCGUUCCAAGCGGACGGCGAAAGCAUGCUAUUAAUGAACGACUGGUGGCAUCGCUCGCAUCAGGACCAGUUCAUCGGAUUGGACAUUCCGCAGAACCCGACGUCCGACUUCAGGUUCGUCGGAGAGCCACAGUCGCUCCUUCUGAACGGCCGUGGCCAGUACAACUGCAGCCUGCUUGCCUCCGUUCCUGCGGCGUACUCUGCCGGUGACGCCCUCAAUUGCAGCACCACGUCACCCCAAUGCUCGCCCAACACCGUCAUCGGACCGAUUACCCCGAACAGCACCCACAGGCUGCGCAUCGUCAACACUGGCUCUCUGAGCUUCCUCAACAUCGCCAUCGAAGGCCACAACAUGACGGUCGUCGCCGCCGACGCGAACUACGUCACGCCCGUCUCCGUCAAGUACCUCGACGUGUGGGCAGGCCAGCGUUAUGACGUCCUCAUCACCGCGGACCAGCCGGUGGCCAAUUACUGGAUCACGGUGACCGUCCGGGGCCGUAGACCGAACACUCCCCCCGGCAGAUGGGCGCUGCAAUACGCGGGCGCGCCGGCGGGUCUCCCGACCACAAACGCGUCAGCUCUCGCGGCGCAGCAACCAGCUUGGGACAACCAAAACUUCACCCUCGCACAGCAAAACCUGUACACGUCACUCGGCGGUUCCAAUCUGACGGACCCGGUGGCCCAGAACCCGACCCGCCAGAUAGUCCUGGUCAACUCGCAGAAUCGGGUGGACGGCCGGAAGCGGAACGUCCUCAACGGAGUGGCCUACGUCGACCCCAUGACUCCCAUCACCCACACGCUCUUCUUCAACAUGACCGGGGGCUACACAACCGGGCUGAUCUCCGAUCAGCCCCCGCUGACGUACAAUUAUAUCAAAACGAUCGGGAGUCCCGACAACUACACCCUAGCCACCGGUCAGAGCGUCUUCGAAGUGAACGAGGGUGACGUCAUCGACGUCGUGCUGCAGAACGGGGUGACGCUCGUGAACGCGUCCGACCCGCACCCGUGGCACCUGCACGGGAUGGACUUUUGGGUCCUGGGUUCCGCUGCGGGCGAGAACUUCAACGGCUCGACGGCGAAGCUCAACACCGUGAACCCCGUGUAUCGCUCGACGGUCGGGCUCAUCGCGUAUGGCUGGACGUAUAUUCGAUUCGUCGCCAGCAACCCGGGGCCCUGGUUCUUCCACUGCCACCUCAUCUCCCACAUGCACAUGGGCAUGAAUACCGUGAUCAACAUUAAGCCCGCGUCCGGCGUCUACCCCGCCCCCCCGCCGGGGUCUCAAAUGUGCGGCAUGGUGACCCCCCUGGUUCUGCAAGAUUUCUUCCUCCAGGGCGGGCGGCUUAAGUAGGUUUAAGACGCAAGUCCUUUUUAUGGGGGGUAACGAGAUAAUUUCACCCAUGGUCCAAACGACCAUGAUUUGUUGAGGCUGCAAAAUCCGAGGCGGGCGGCUUAAGUAGGUAUAAGAUGCAACCUCUCUUUGGGGGUACGUUACGGUUUACAUCUUUUUGUUGUUGAAAAGAGUACUGAGUUGUCGAGGCUAGAAGUAGCUACGUUUCCUCGAAACGACCUCAAACCCUUGUAGUGAGGUAUUUUUCAGUUGCCCUUACUCUGCGAAAGCAAGACCUUUGGUUCGAUCGGUCAGUUCGUAUUCCUCAAAGGUCUUUCAAUGGUCGUAUCUUGAGUUUAGGGCAGGUAUUGGAAAGACAUAGUCGUGCGAUAAGUAGGAAACUGCUUCACUUUGCAAGGCGGCCAGCACAGACUGAAACGUCGGAGAUAGAACAUGAUCACUUUGAAAGGCCGCGCAUGUGUUGACAAAGAACCUCUUUGUCCAUACAUGCUUGAAGCUGAAACUCUUACACUCAAAGCCUGCACUGUCGACGGUCAGCGACCCGCGACCAGUCAAUCAUGCACCACACACUGACACAUUCAAUGCAUUUCUCUAGGUGCAAAGCUCGC